AUGGAGAUGCGCCCCGUUCUGGUGGCUAUUUGCCUCCUGCUUGUCACUCCCAUCACUGGCUCAUUCUGGACUGUGGGAAGCCAGGUAGUCAUGGAUCCACUCCUGGUGUGCAAGAAAACAAGAAGAUUGAGGGGAAAACUCGCCGAUAUCUGCAGGAAAGAGCCUUCAUUACUCAAGGAAAUAUCCAAGGGGGUUCAGGUGGGCACGAGGGAGUGUCAGCAUCAAUUCAGGAAUCGCAGGUGGAACUGCACGACUGUCAGAAGAUCUUUGCGAAAAGUUCUGUUGAGAGACACUAGGGAAACUGGCUUUUUGAAUGCCAUCACAGCAGCUGGCGUCACCUACGCGGUCACCAGGGCUUGCACCAUGGGCGAUCUCGUGGAGUGUUCGUGUGAAAAAAUGAACUCCAGAGGUCAUAAACUAGGUAAACACUCGCGCAAGUCCCGCAUCAAGGAUUUACCCACUGACGGGGAGUGGGAGUGGGGGGGAUGUGGGGACAACGUCAACUUCGGGUUCAGGAAGUCGAGGGACUUCAUGGACGCUCCGUACAGGAAGAGGAGUGACAUAAAAACACUCGUUAAAUUGCAUAACAAUGAUGCUGGGAGAUUGGCCGUCAGAAAUUUCAUGAGAACCGAGUGCAAGUGUCACGGUCUCUCCGGCUCGUGCACAGUGCGAACAUGCUGGCGAAAAAUGCCAUCAUUUCGUGAAAUUGGCAAUCGCCUGAAGGACUCGUUCGACGGCGCUGCCAAGGUAAUUCCCUCCAACGACGGCCACAAUUUCAUCCCCGAGGGAUCGACAAUCAAGCCACCUGGUAGGUUCGAUCUGAUUUACAGUGAGGAUUCCCCGGACUUCUGCAGGGCCAACAGAAAGACUGGCUCACUCGGGACACAGGGGCGCCAGUGCAAUGCCACCAGUCCCGGGGUCGAGGGUUGUGAACUUUUGUGCUGUGGUCGAGGGUACGACACUAAAAUCGUUAAGGAGAAAGUCAAUUGCCAGUGCAGGUUCAAGUGGUGCUGUGAGGUCACUUGUAACACGUGUAAUGUCAAGCGGACGGUUAAUACUUGUCGUUGAGCAUUAAUUUUUCAGGUGGAAUGGGAAAUUUGCAUGGAGUCAGUCUUUCAAAUUCCAAUCGAUCAACUUUCAAACAUAUAUUUUUUUCACAUGCCCUAUAA